AUGUACAAGUUGACCUGGGCCGUCGUGCUUCUGACUCUCUACUACACCACAACGAUUCGGACAACACUCGCGCGUUCUACGCGUUACAUCGUCCCCGGAGCCACCUGGAGAGACACUGAUGGUGAGAUAUUGAGUGCACACGCUGGAGGGGUCGUUCAGAGCAAUGGGACAUGGUACUGGUUCGGCCAGAACGAACGCGCGAACAUCACGGAUACUUUCUCGGGAAUAAACGUCUACUCCUCCGAUGAUCUCACGAAUUGGAGGUACGAAGGCCAGGCUCUCUCACCUCUUAACGGAACAGCCAUCGCUCCCGAUCUGGUCGUCGAGCGUCCCAAAGUCGUGUAUAACGAGCCCGCAGAUACCUGGCUGUGGUUCCACUCUGACAACAGCUCGUACGGUCUCCUAAAGCAAGGAUUCGCAACGAGCCCGAACGUCACAGGUCCUUACACUUUCCAAGGCGCCAUCACUCCUCUCGGAGGGACAUCUCAGGAUUUCGGGCUGUUCAAAGAUGUGGAUGGAGUGGCGUAUGCGAUGUAUAGUAAUGGGGACGCGGCGGACGCGCAUGAUGAUCUUAUCGUGCGAUUGGACGCUAAUUUUACGGGGCCGGAGGAAUUGGUGUAUACUUUCUUCGAUUGGGACUUGGAAGCACCGGUCAUGCUCCGUACGGAGGGACGCUACUAUAUCGUCAUGUCGCACAAGACGGGCUAUCGAUACAAUAACGUCGAGGUAUACUCUGCAGAGACAAUAGGAGGACCGUGGAGUUCUGGGUCUUAUAUCGCUCCCGCCGGGACGAGAACAUUCAAUUCGCAAAGCACGAUCUUCUUCACUAUUAAAGGAAGCGAACGGACGAGUUAUAUCUACGGUGGUGAUCUUUGGAAUAGCGAGGAUCUCUGGGACAGUCGAUACAUCUGGCUCCCCGCCUUCCCAAACGACACAACCGGCGGUCUGACAAUCGAAUGGCAUGACCUCUACACGAUCGAUGUGACCAGUGGAGAGUUCGGAUAUCCGGAGGGCACGAGAUACGAGGCUGAGCAUGGGGUGGUUAGUGGUGAUGCUGCGGUGGUUGUGCAGCCUAAUGCCUCGGGUUUUAAGCUCGCCACUGGUCUCGGGAAUGGAUCGGUUAGUAUCACUGGUAUUACCGGUACGGGCAACCCGCAGUGGGUUUCUCUCCAUUACCACAACCACGACGCACUCUGGGGAGACAACCGCGGCGGCAACAACAUCACCCUCGCCCGCUACGCAACCCUCUCCGUCAACGGCCUCGUCCACACCGAAAAACUGCGCCAGCCGUCCGGAAGCACGGGGUUCGUGUUGACGCAGACGGUGAACGUGACGUUUGAGAGGGGAGGGGGGAAUGAGAUUAGGUUGGAGGGGUGGAAUGGGACUCUGGCGGCGGAUUUGGACGCUAUCGUGGUCUAUGGGGAUAUUUACGAGGACGAGAACUGAACUAGUGUGGAUUUGCCAUCCCAGAGAGACUCGACGGGUCCGCCGUAUGCCCGUGUAAGCAGCCCACACACCUAGUACUAAAUAUACGU